AUGAUGUACUUCCUGCUUGAUAUAUUGGAUAUAUUUAGAAUUAGCUUGAUGCUGUGAUGGGAGGAUGUAGGGCAGGUCCCUGCAGCGCAGGUCCCUGCAGCGCAGGUCCCUGCAGGGCAUUACGCCGUUGUCUGAAGAAAGACCUCAGACGAAUUGUUAAGGCCAGUGGAGCAACUAUCUGUUCAACUCUUGCAAACUUGGAAGGAGAUGAGAGUUUUGAUCCCUCUUUAGUGGGCCAAGCUGAGGAGGUGGUUCAAGAAAGGAUAUGCGAUGAUGAACUGAUACUUGUUAAAAAUACAAAGGCCCGUACUUCUGCAUCAAUCAUUCUGCGAGGAGCAAAUGAUUUCAUGUGUGAUGAGAUGGAGCGCUCCCUACAUGAUGCACUCUGUGUUGUGAAGAGAGUGCUUGAGUCCAAGUCUUUAGUUCCAGGAGGUGGGGUUGUGGAAGCCGCACUCUCCAUCUACCUGGAAAACUAUGCAACUAGUUUGGGAUCACGUGAACAACUUGCCACUGCAGAAUUUGCCCGGGCCAUGUUGGUUAUUCCUAAGACUCUGGCAGUGAAUGCUGCUCAGGAUUCUACAGACCUUGUUGCAAAGUUGCGUGCAUUCCACAACGAAGCUCAGGUCAAUCCUGAUCGCAAAACUUUGAAAUGGAUUGGUCUUGAUUUAUUGAAUGGGAAGCCAAGGGACAACAAACAAGCUGGUGUCUUUGAGCCUACUAUGGUUAAAGUCAAGAGUCUGAAGUUUGCAACAGAAGCUGCUAUAACCAUCCUGCGAAUUGAUGAUCUCAUCAAACUUUACCCAGAUGAAAAGCAAGACAAAGGAAAGAGUUACCAAGAUGCAGUUCAAAGUGGAGAGCUUAAUGGCUGAAGCACCUGAGUUCUAAAAUCAGCUGUUAUAAUUCAUGUUUAACUCUUGGCAUCCAUCAGGUGCUUCUUGUACUUCUGUUCUAGAUUGAGCAGCUUGUCAUACGUGUCUGAAAUCCAGUGCCACUUGUUUAGUGCUCUGUUUAAUUUACUAUGCUUGUUUAGUGCUAUUUGGCACAAACCGGAUUUAAAAGACCUCUUACUUUGUUACCUAUAGUCAACUCUUUCAAGUUAUUUGUGCAAAAUUAUUUCCUGUACAUUGACAGUUGUGCUUCAAGCUCCUUCAGAAAUAAAAUGUGACAGUUGUCAAGUGAUCAGCCCAUCUAUGUAGGGAGCUGUUAAGAGAUCACCUUAAUUUCAUGAAUAAACGUUGAUGUUGUGCUUCUGGUCUUUUCAAAUCUAA